CAGUAGUAUAGAAUGAGCUUUGCAGUUAUCCUGAAUUAAGACCAUGCGAUAAAAUUUUUAGCAGUUGGUGUUAUUGGCACAAGUAACAGAUGGCACUAUAUUCUCAGAAAUGAAUCUAAAGUACUGGCCAACAGGUAUUAGCCGUGGCAUUGGACGAAUCGAGUGUGCAGCGUAGUGUCCGUCUAUACUCGCACAUCUUGAAUGCAGAUUUGUUGACCAGUUAUCAAUGAGUAGAUAUGUUUGCUAUGCUUUACAUACGUGUUCAGCGUGUCGGUGUGUUCUUAGCGCCCUCGUCAUUUCAGAGGUUGAGUUCGUUCGUCAGUAGAACUUGAUUACGUUAGAUGCGGUCGUUAGAUAGCGAGUGAAUUUACUAUCGAAAAUGAACAUCUCCUUUCAACUAAAAAAUUUAGUUUUAAUUGAUUCGUAAAUGAAUGCGGGAAUGACCUAGUAAGUGUAUUACUACAGUCUGGAUGAUCUUCUCAAGCUUGCAAAUUACAACAAUAGUACGCCGCCGUUUAAAUUGCGGUUUGUUCAGUAAUUACCGUACUAACAGGUUCUACUCUUAUUUGUAAUAGUGUUGGGUGACUUCCAAUUCGAAGGAUAACAUUUGUCCCGAUAUCAGUGGCCCAUAUCGCGAACAAAACGAAUACGAUCGAGCAGUAACAGCAGCUACCUUAGCGCGCGUUUUCAUGAAGCAUAGAAGAGUAUAGUCCGGAGUAGCGCUCUUUUUAUUUUUCGUUGUCUUUGCAUUUUCGUCGCCGUCCUUAAAAGUACAAUAGACAUACGACAAAAGACAGCUAGGUAUCCUCAAAAUCUUCACGCUCUUAGUGGGCGUGGGCCUAGAAACUUAUGAGCAUACAACGAAUGGUUAGCAGAAGCAUAAGUAAUAGUAUCCAUGAAGUAUCUACGGUUUAGAUUAAGAUUUUUGAGGAAUAAUUCUCCUCUAAAUAUCUGCUUGGCGAUGUGGGGCUAUGUCUAACUAUGGCCUUUACUUACGGACUUCUUUAUAUUGUAGACAAAUUUAGCCUUAUAAAUAAUUUAAUUUGUAGCAUCUUGUAAUCCAACAGUAAUAACGGCAGCAACAGUAAUAAUGAUGGUGGUUCUUAGUAAUUUCUGUAAUAAAUCUGUCUCGGCUUUCUCUUCAUUUCUACAUCUACUGUGAGGCUACAGAACCGCUUGGAUUUCUAAUGUGGAUAACAGCAAGGCUUAUAAGUCGUACUCUUGUUUUACUGUUGCUGAUCUCCUUAUGAUCUGUAGGUAACAUAAGAUGCUUUUGAGAUUUUGUAUUUCUCUCUGUUGCCAAAUAUGAGUGGCUUAGUCUGUUCUAACCCUACCGUCAGUACUACAGGCAUUUAAUGAUUCGAGAAUAAGAAUAGCUAUAACCGUGUUCCCUUUCUUGAUUAUAAGUAUUAGUUCUAUUUCUCAUCACUCCUUGCUUCUUUAUUGUUGUCUGUGUUCAGAGAAAUGUGUAGACAAUUUAAUGUAUAAGCUUGUUCAGGCCUCCAAGAAUAUGUCACCUCAUUUAGGCCCAUGUAGAGACACCAAAGCGGUAACCGGUUGGCUUAGUAUUCGUGUAACCACUAUGAUAACCACAACGCGGCAUUUGUUGCAGCGUGGGUCUAACUCGACGCGUAUCGUCGAUCAUGUGGGACAUGGAAGUAAUGGCAUUGAUCUAGUUUCUAGAAUUUGGAUUAUUACACCCGUUUAUAAAUCAAUCUAAAUCAUUCACGACAUAAUGCUUGGUAAAGUGUGAUGAUUGUGUAUCGUAUUGCGUAGUUGAAUACAACCCCCUGCUCAAUAUGUGUUUUUUUCUUUUAUCAGUUUUCGCUUCAGUUAAGAGCCGAAUAACAGGAGCCUCGAAUAGAUGUUAAACGCCGCUUUCUUAAGAAUCUAGGCCAUCUGCAACGUUGUUGGCCUAUUAUGGAAGCACGUUUGAACAACUAAGCCCAAGGGUGCUGUCAAAAGAAUGUCGGACAUAGCACACAGCAUAUAUCUGUGAGAGGGUUAUGGCUCUAGGAGGAUGCAAUACGAGCAUUCGUCAAGGGAAGCUUUUCUUCGAAAUGACUGUUGCUGCUGUUGUUGAGUCUAGCUGUCAUUCAGCAUACCUGUGAAUGACGGUCUGCUAGAGUCCUACAGAGACCAGGUUACCUGUGUGCGCGGCGCGAUGACCUUUGGCGUUAAUGAAUGAGUUGAAGAAUUUCUCUGAUAAUCUCAGAAUAAGCGCAAUUCUGAUUAUAAGAAGAGUGUCGCCCAGCCAGCCCUUCAUACACUUCUGAUCAUCUCAGCGUUUUCCGGGAAGAAGCCGAAGCGGCUGUGGCGAUUCAACGGACGAGCAUGGCCUUUGCCUGCCUGUGGUGACCACCGUGUCAUUCAUCUUUCGGCUUCAAGAUGUCUUUGUCCCUCGUCAGUUCAUAUUCUUCACCUUCGUUACAUCGGAAUUCGCACGGUUUCUCUCUCGGCGGUUCACUCCCGUUUGCCGGGCCACUGGUACCAUUCAAUCUGCCGUAUAAUAAACCGGCCCAUAAAGUGGCCCAGCAACUGGUUAAGGGACGAUGCAGAGACGGUGGUGUCCUGACCAGCGCGCAACUUCACCACAACCACCAUCAUCAUUCUGCGACAGGCGUGGCAGCGGCUGCAAGUAUCGGUUGCAACUCGACUUCUCCGCAGACAAAAGGUGGUCAGUCAUCAAGUGUUGCAAGUUUUGUAGUUCCCCAAGCGACCCCAGCAUCAGCGCUUACUGCUCUAAGCGCACGUGAGGAGCGUUUGGAACGCCCACACGACGAGCGGCCCCGUAAGAGACAUCUGGCCAUGUCGCUUGUAUUCCCUGCACCGCAGUAUUGUCUGCAGGAAAGCUAUGAUUUGCAUAGGGUAGGUGAUACCUUACGACUAUUACGACUUUCGGGAUACUAUUAUGAAAAUCUUAGCUGGCAGGAUGCCGAUCUUCUGCUAAAAGGUUCCCGUGUUGGUAGUUUUCUCGUGCGCAACUCGCGGGACAAUCGUUUCCUGUUCGCACUGACAGUGCAGACGGAGCGUGGGCCAACGUCAGUGCGAGUCCACUAUCAGCAUGGCGCGUUUCGACUAGACUGUGAACAUCAAGUAGCAAUUCGAAUGCCAACAUUCCCCUGUGUUGUGCAGCUCGUCGAAUAUUACAUCAGCCUAUCGGAAUCAGAGAAAGGCAAGUGUUGUGUUUGGCUAGACGCCUCCGGUCGUCGUGAUUUGCCGAUUAAGAUCUCGCAACCGCGCUACAAUCGCGUCAAUUCGUUGCAACACCUCUGUCGCGUUGCACUUAAUCGUUCUCCUGCUGCAGUUACGGCCAUCGCUACUACUUCGUCAAGAGAAGCAAAACAGCUGCCGCAGUCGCUCAAAGAUUACCUCAAAAAUUACCCGCACAAGCACUGAUCAUUAUUAUCACCGCCGUAAUAGGUCAGAUGAACAGCAACACCAUCCUGAUCCGGUGACCUCGAAUGAAGGCAGACAGCCACCCCAUUUACCCAUAUCUCAUCGUAGAUAGCUUAGGAUCUUUCAAGAAAAGGCGGAGGGUGGCCCAGUACCUGAGCACGGGAUGGUAUAUUAGCUCCAAAGCGGUUCCCAGUGUAGAAAGCGCCUUUGCACAAAUAGAAAACUCUUUAUCAUUACUCUUUUCACUCUUCAGAAGAUUAGCAAGAAGCAAAUCAGGUAACUGUUCUUUAAAAUGGUGAAAAAGUCGAGGAGCGGUUGAUUAAAAACUUAGGCUUUGCCUAUCGGUGGAUGCGCUGGGACCAAAAGGGUUAACGACUUCCUAGUUCCGUUCUUUAUUCCCAUUGUGGGCUGAUGACUGUCUCAUCAAAACAUGAUAGCCAUAUGUAUCAGAUCUCUUUAACUAUUUUUGCUUUUCUGAUGUGGAUGUCUGAUAUAUAUAUAUAUAUAUAUAUAUAUAUAUAUAUAUAUAUAUACAUAUAAUUUGCCUAUCGGUACAACUAAAGAAUUAUUAAAGGUGACGCUGUACAUAUACCUUCUGAGAUUAUCAAGUUGUUGGUCUUCACAUUUGCGCCCCCUACCUCAACUUUGAGUGCUUUAGAUUUUUUUAUUAUGCCCUACAUAUAUAAGAACAUGUAUUUAUGAUUGGAAAACGGAAAAACUAACCCGAUGGAGGAAGCAACACAAGCAUCUGCCUUACUGACGAUUAUUUGUAAAUCUGCUAAGCUUAAUUUCUAUUAUAACUGGCUAACUAAUUCCGCUACACUUUGAACAAAGAAUGUGUUACGGUUUAACAGCACGACACAUGGCAGAUGUGAUGCUAGAAAUAUUAAAAAAAAAAACCUGCGAAGAUCUAUAUGUACAUAACAUGUGCACACGUAGAAAUACGAGCGUCAUCAAAUACACAACAAGAAGAGAUAAUCUGUAAUGACGAUAAUGAUACAACUACUAUGACUAAUUAUCAUAAUGAAAACAACAACAGCUACUAUGUAAAAAACAGUAACUUAUAUUUGCGCCAGUCGAACGCCCCUAACAAUGUGAAGGGGUCGAUAUCACAGGGCUUCAAAAUAUUAAUGGGCCCCAUUAUAGUGCGACUAGUCUUUGAAUCGCGCAGGAGAAAUUGAGCUGAGACUAUCGAGAAAGAAAGUCUAGAAAUUGAAUCUAUCGAAGCACAUUGGCUACGGAAUUACCGUUAACGUUCGAAUGACGAAGUUACCUCUUUAUGCAGGGUGCGUGGGCACUUCAUUAUUGGAUGCAAGAUGUAUGAUAAGGAAUCACCGCCCGUUUAUUCUAAUAUAAAAACAAUAUAAAACGUUGUGAUGCAGAGAUCCUAUGCGAUAACCUAUCAGUAUCCAAAAAUUACAAGAGUGUUGGAGAAACAAAGUACAAACUAUGUAUGUCUAAACUGUAUAAAUUGUCAUAUACGGCCAGAAAUGAUGAAGUGGAUCAUACGAAAGGAGAAGUUAAUAUUUAACUUAAUAAUAUGAAUAAUAAUAUAAAUGAAGAAGUAGUCUG